AUGACAGUUAGGGAUGUCGCUUCGCAUAGCAGUAGCGUCUCCUCUUUGAAUAGCAUCUGCUAUGAAAUCGGUGGAACCGCUAAAACAAACGGUAUUGACGACUCGUACUUCAAGAAGGACAAUGGGACGGUCGCCUACGACCUGGAAGUAAACGAUCAGACGCGCCAGAACACUCUCGAUGACGACGCUAGCGCUGAUUCCGAUGGCUACAAUGUUAUGGACGGGAAGGACGACGGCACACGUCUGAAAAAGGAUUUGAAGGCCCGCCAUAUAUCGAUGAUAGCAAUUGGCGGUUCGUUGGGUACCGGUCUGUUGAUUGGCACAGGUACCGCAUUGAGAACAGCUGGUCCUGCUUCCAUUUUGAUUGCUUACACUUUUGUUGGCACGCUGGUCUUUUUCACAAUGGCGGCGUUGGGUGAAAUGGCGGCCUAUAUUCCAUUAGACGGUUUCACAAGUUAUGCAAGUAGAUACUGCGAUCCUGCGUUGGGUUUCGCAGUCGGCUACAGUUACUUGUUCAAAUAUUUCAUCAUCACACCAAAUCAGUUGACGGCGGCUGCCCUGGUCAUUCAGUACUGGGUGGACAGAGACACUGUCAACCCUGGUGUUUGGAUCACUAUUUUCUUGGUUGUCAUUAUUGCGAUCAACACGAUUGGUGUGAAAUAUUUUGGUGAAUUUGAGUUUUGGCUUUCGAGUUUCAAAAUUAUGGUCAUGAUCGGAGUCAUGAUCUUUUUAUUUGUCAUCAUGUUGGGAGGCGGUCCAAACCACGACAGAUUGGGUUUCAGAUACUGGAAAACCCCAGGCGCUUUCAAACCAUAUUCGUCCAGCGUCGUGAACAUUGAAGGGUCCACUGGUAAAUUUGUUGCCUUUGUUAACGUAUUUGUAUACGCCUUGUUUGCAUAUUUGGGCAUUGAAUUGACUGGUAUUGUCGCGGCAGAAGCGGAAAAUCCAAGAAGGAAUAUUCCAAGAGCUAUCAAAUUAACUGUGUGGCGUAUAUUGUUCUUCUAUGUGGCAACCAUAUUUUUAUUAGGAAUGUGUGUCGCUUAUGAUGAUCCGCUGUUACUGGCAGCGGCAAACGCACAGACAUCGGCAGCUGCUUCACCUUUCGUUGUGGCUAUUCAAAACUCCGGUGUCGAUGUUCUUCCUCAUAUUUUCAAUGUCUGUGUCUUGAUGUUUGUCUUCAGUGCUUGUAACUCAGACUUAUACGUCGGUACAAGAAGUUUGUACAGUUUAGCCGUUGACGGAAAGGCGCCAAAAAUUUUCGCCAAGACCAAUCGAUGGGGUGUGCCAUAUAACGCUAUGGGCGGUUGUGUUUUAUUCUGUCUAUUAGCUUACAUGAAUGUUUCAUCUGGUUCUGCUGAAAUCUUCAAUUACUUUGUUAAUGUUGUUUCUAUUUUUGGUGUCCUAAGUUGGAGUUCAAUUUUGAUCACUUUUAUCUAUUUUGAUAGAGCUGUCAGGGCUCAGGGAAUUGAUAGAUCUACAUUUGCCUACGUGGCACCGUUCCAACCUUAUGGUUCUUAUUUUGCCUUAUUUUUCUGUGUCCUGUUAGCUUUGAUUAAGAACUUUUCGGUCUUUUUAGGUAACGAAUUUGACUAUAAAACUUUCAUUACAGGUUACAUUGGCUUGCCUGUGUAUGCAUUCUCUUUCAUUGGAUACAAAUUAUAUUAUAAGACGAAAACAGUCAAGCCCCACGAAGCUGAUUUAAAUAGCUACAAAGCUGCAGUUGAUCGUGAAGAAGAAGAAGGCAAAAUUAAGGAAGCUGAGAGGAAAGAAAGAUUAAAGCAUGGAAAGAAAGAUCUCGAAUGGUUUUAUGAAAAAUACAUCUCUUCGAUAUUUUAA